AACCCCACCAGCCAAUCAAGGACACCAGGUGGAUGUGGUGGGCUUGGUGUUGGGGCUGGACCCUUGGGAACCACUCUGGUUUGGCCAGACCUCUGCAGGACGGUCCAUCUCCGCGUCCCGUCAGAGCCAGGCUGCUAACGGGUUAAAAGAGCUCCAGAGCUCCAGGCAGGCGCUAAAGUCUGAACAUCACCACUCCAGCAGGCUGGUGGGAGCAGAGCAGAAGGAGCUCCAGACCCUGUAACUAUGCAGGAGCUUCCGAGUGAUGCUCCAUCCGUCUCCUGAGCCCAGGACCGAGGGGGGAGGCAGCGGCAGCAUGUAAAAGCCUCUGAAGCGGCGUUUUCCACUUUAAAGCUCAUGUCCCGUCUCGCCGAAACCGGCUCUUCACUCGCCACGUCCAGCGCCGCGCCAGUGGGACUCCGCUCGGGCAGCCAGAAAAGCCCCCUGCUUCCCUCUUCCUAACUUCCCAGCGAUGUUUCCCGGCGAGGAAGGUCGUUAUGGCGAUGGUGUGCACUGAUGCUCCUGCAAAACAUCUGGAUUUCAGCUUCACCCGCCUUAUUUAAGAGUUCAGAGGGAAAAUUCCAGCGUCCAAGAUGAGAAAACUUCAGACUUUCCUGAUUCUGCUCUGUUUGCACAAGGUCACAUGCAGGCGGCUGCGGAUGUCGGAGCUGGGCGUGAUGGAGUGGGGGGACGGUCGUAAUGAGGGUUUGAGCGUGAAUCCCAAAGGAGCAAACCCGCGAGUCCCCAACCCCCUGCGCCUCUUCUCCAGGGGCUCCCCUGGCCCAAAGAGCAGCCCGAGAGAGACGGCGUAUUUGGAAAACACGGAGGACCCCUGGGACUGGUUAUAUAACCGGACAGAUGUCGGGGAGGCGCAGAGCAGGACUAAGCGCAGGCCCAUCGUGAAGACGGGAAAGUUCAAGAAAAUGUUCGGCUGGGGCGACUUCAACUCCAACAUCAAGACCGUGAAGCUGAACCUGCUCAUCACGGGGAAGAUCGUGGACCACGGCAACGGAACCUUCAGCGUCUACUUCCGCCACAACUCCACCGGCCUGGGGAACGUCUCCGUCAGCCUGGUCCCUCCGUCCAAAGUGGUGGAGUUCGAAAUCGCUCAGCAGAGCACGCUGGAGACCAAGGACUCCAAAGCCUUCAACUGCCGCAUCGAGUACGAGAAAACGGACCGCAACAAGAAGACUGCACUGUGCGGCUUCGAAACCUCACAAAUAUGCUACCAGGAGCAAACGCAGAGCCACGUCUCCUGGCUCUGCUCCAAGCCCUUCAAGGUCAUUUGCAUCUACAUCGCUUUCUACAGCAUCGACUACAAACUGGUGCAGAAAAUCUGCCCCGAUUAUAACUACCACAGCGACACGCCCUACUCCUCCACGGGGUAGACGGUGCGCUCGGACGGCCCUCGUUAGCUCGUAAACCUUGUGAAGCAGCACAAAGAUGCUCAAAAAAGAGGUUCCAAAAAUCUCCAGCUACUAUCUUCUCCGUUACCAUGACAACACAACACAGUCUUACAAAUAAAGGUGCCAAAAAGGCUUCCUCGGAGCGACGCCGCGUUCGGUUUCCUAACCUGAAUGAGGUCCAAAGAUUGUUCUUUAGACCUCAUUUGAAACGUAAUUUGAGCGAAAGGUUCUUUAGGGCACCAAAAGUGUCAGAGGUGCUCAGUCCUGGUCCUGGAGACCUGAUUCUAACGUUCAGAUGCCCCUGCAGGCCUUCAUUACCUGGAUCAGGUGUGUUAGAUUAAGGCCGAGGCUAAACUCUGCAGGGUGGGAGAUGGAAUCAUUCCAAAGUUCUCACUGUACAAAAUCCCACCCCCCCCAACAUUGUGUGAAUGCCCACCAGAGCUGAGCACACGACACAGAAGAACAAAAUAAACGUCCACACUUAUAUUAAAGGCGAUGAACGCGGUCCAUUGUAAACAGGACAGUAUAGACAAAGUUACAGCACAUUAUAUAGUGAUAGUACAUAAAGUAGUUACAGUAUAGAUCAUUCUAAAUUGGAUCUACACCUUGUCGCCAUAUAGACGCUCCCGAGUCCAAAAUGAAUGGGUUUAGAAGGAGCUUUUGAGCAAAAUCAUAGUUUAUAAAUGCUUAAUGUAAAAGAAUACAUUAAUUUCCUGAAACACUGACCGCCAUAAAACAUUUUAACACCAUUGUUAUAUGUUUAAGAGCUUUAAACCCGAGUUAUAGGAGUUUAAUCAGCGCCUCAUGUACGUUCAUAACAUCUUUGAACACAAACAGCCAAUGAGCUUACCUCCAUUCAGCGAGGACCCGCUCGUGGGCGCCCUCUGCUGUUUUGCAGUCCUGUUUUUGAUAUAACAGCGGAAAUAAGAAGUGGCCAGGCUCCUCAGAAACUGGCUUUUAUAUAAAGGGCCUCUUAUUGGGUGGCUCUUCUUCUUGCUCAGCUUCAUUAAUAACUCAAUUGAUACUCCUGUAAUGUUUAUCUUUUUUAUUAUUAUUAUGACGGUACGAAUAACACGAAUAACACGUUGGGCAGUCGUGGGCUGGAGGUUAGGGAUCCAGCCUCGUGAUUGCCGGUUCGAUCCCCAGAGCCGACAGUACAUGACUGAGGUGUCCUUGAGCAAGACACCUAACCCCCAACUGCUCCCCGGGA